AUGCGCGUCGCCCUGGCGCAGGCGCGGCUCGCGCUGGACGAGUGGGAGGUCCCGUGCGGGUGCGCGCUCGCGCGCGACGGCGAGAUCGUCGCCGUCGGGCGCAACGCGACGAAUCGAACGCGCAACGGAACGCGACACGCGGAGUUCGAGGCCGUCGACGCGCUCCUCGACGCGCACGGCGGCGAUCGCGCGGCGUGUCGAUUCGAGGACGUCACGCUGUACGUGACGUGCGAGCCGUGCGUGAUGUGCGCGGGCGCGAUGAGCGCGCUGGGCGUGCGCGAGGUGGUGUACGGGUGCGCGAACGACAAAUUCGGCGGCGCGGGCACCGUGCUCGACGCGCACGCGCGCGGAUGCGGCGCGUGCGGGGGGGCGGGAGGCGUGGGGAAGCCGUACGACGCUCGCGGUGGGUUGUUCGAGCGCGAGGCGAUCGAGAUGUUUCAGGAAUUUUACGUCAGAGGGAAUCCAAAGGCGCCGACGCCGCGGCGCGCGCUUCGCGAGUUUCCGCCGCGCGCGUCGACGUGACGGAAUACACCACAUCUUAUCGUAUUGUACCAUCAUAAUAGUUAGCUAGCGUACAGCGUGCCGCGCGAGCGAUCACGCGCCGUUGAUCGUGACUUCGAUCUUGGCCGCGUGCUCGUCCGCGAGUUCCUCCUUGGCCACCGUCCCCGUGCGCACCGCGGUCACCCUUCCGAUCCCUCGCGCGCUCAGCACCUCGCUCACGACCAGCGCGUGCUGCGUCGCGUUCCCGACGCCCGACAGGCGCACUUUGCCGUGGGUUUUCAGCAUCGUCUGCGCCUCGGAGAG